CACUCGACCUCGCCGCGAAACGGGAGGAGAAGCGGGUGGGAGGAAAGGAACCUGCUGCUGUUGCUGCUUCUUUGGUACCCCUGGCUGUUGUUUCUUGAUAAGCAACCGUUGCUUUUAAGAGAGACUGCUCCUGAAGGAGGCGCGAAGCUAACGUUUUCGAGCAACCACCGAGUGCCAUCUUUGGGAUAAAACCGCAGGUGGUGUGGCGUAAUGAGAGCAGAGGAGUGAAGGAGGCAGUUGUCUCAGUUAAACAUUGGCAGACAAGCAGGAGACCAGGCAAGAAUGCUGGAGGCUGGUGCAGACCCAGCAGGUGCAGCGGCCGAGGGGGAAGAGGAAGCAGAGAUGGGGAGCAGGGAUUUGAAGGCUGAGGUGAUGCGGCUGACUCUUGAGCUUCAAGAAGCCACUGAGGAAAAGCUACAGGCAGCCCGCUACGGUCUGGUGGUGCUGGAGGAAAGCGCUGCCCUCAAGAUGAAACACAGGCAGCUGGAAGAGGAGCAUGAAUCCCUCAAAUUGGAGCUACAGCAGCUCAGAGAGGCAUUUGCAGAUUCUGUGAGCAGCCAGAAACGUGCAGCUGCAGAUGGAGAGUGCCGGGAGGAGAGCCUGCUGCAGGAGACUGCCAGUAAAGAGGCUGCCAUGGCAACCCGCAUAGAGGAAGUUCAGGCAGAGCUCAAGCAAGCGCGCCUUGCUCUGAGCAAUGCCCACGCAGAGAUCGAUAGACUCGGGGUGCUCUCCACCCAGCUAAAGAAGGAGUGUGAGUGUCUGGAGGCAGAGAAGGGCCAUCUGAGGGAUGAAAUAAAAGAAUAUAAAGUACGUGAGCUGCGCCAGUUGCAAGACAAUGGUGAGCUAGAAGAAGAGAACAUAUCUCUGCAAAAGCAGGUGUCUGUGCUCAAGGAGAACCAGGUUGAGUUUGAAUCAAUAAAGCUGGAGCUGACCCAGAAGAAUGAGGAACAGGAAGAACUGCGAGCACAGCUGGAUGAAGCAGCAAGGCUAAGGGAGAUUGCUGAGAGGCAGCUGGAUGAGGCCCUUGAAGCACUGAAGGAGGAAAGGGAGCAGAAAAAUAGUCUGCGGCGAGAGCUCUCUGCCUUGACCCUUAACCCCUUUGAUUCUGUGGGGAACCUGGAGCUCCACUUGGAGCACCUGGAUGACAGCCAGGAAGAGGGCCAGGGUGGAGAGGAUGAAGGCGAGGAUGGGGAAGAGAACCAGGACAGUGGUUUUAAUAAUGGUCCUGGAUCUUCUUCCAGUUCUGCUAACCCUCCUCACUUGGGUGGCUCCAAAAGUAAUGGCCUCAUCCAUCGCUACUCCACUCCACGCCACAGCGAUGUACUCCGUGCUCCUGCUUCUGGACUGGUGGCAGAUCUGCUGAGUGAGCUGCACUUUUCAGACAGUCAGAAACUAAAACAGCAGCUCCUACAGGCAGAGCGAGAGAAGUCCGGCCUGGCUAGCAAGGUUGAGGAACUGCAGAUGCAGCUGGUAAUGUCCAGACAGGCACUCAGUCAACAAGAGGACAAGGUUGGCUCUCUCACCCAGCAGCUGGAAGCUGUGCAGAGCAGUCAGCAGCACAACCAAGAGGUGGUUGACAAAGGAGAUAAUGAGACAGAAAAAGGAGAUGGUGGCAAUGCUGUUUUUGACUAUGAGGUAGACACCAAGAGCAAGGAGGUGCUCGAGGCACGUAUGCGUGCAGCUAGUGAAGAGCUUCUGAAGCUGCGAGAUGAAUUGUCUCAGGCAGGAGCUCGUUAUAACACCCUGGAGCAGAGAUACAAGCAGGAGAAGGAGCGUUGGAGGGGAGAGGCUCAGGAGCUGGCCGACAAAAUCCGUCAGUGCAUCAAGUCCAGCAAGCAAGAUCAAGAGCGCAUCAGUGAGCUGGAGAAGGAAAUUGGAGCGACACGGAAAGUGGCAAGUGAUUCUGAAGGGCACUUAAGUGUUGCCCAGGAAGAGCUGCUGGCCUUUUCUGAGGAGCUGUCCAACCUGUACCACCACAUCUGCGUAUGCAACAACCUAACUCCCAAACGGGUCACCCUGGACUAUUAUCGGGAUGGUGCCAGGUCAGGAGGCAGCACAAGAAGAUCACACCUUUAUUCCCAACACAGCACCCAAAAGAAGGCUCGGGCCAAUGACAUGUUCAUUUCCAAAGCUUCAGCGUUGCAGUUUAUGGGCGAAGUAGACAGUGCUGGAACCAGUGGAGACUCUCCUACUUGCCCUGGAUCCCCGACCCUGGAUUUCAGAGAUCCUUCCAAUGUCCGCAACUUAGUAGCAGUCAUCCGUUGCCAGAUAAAACAUCUUCGGGUGGCAGUGGACCUUUGUCGUCAGAGGGGUGCGGUGCCCUACUCAGGGUUGAGCAGCAGUGGGGAGGCAGAGCGGGACACUGAAAACCUCUUGGAGGAAGUCCUAAAACUCAAGUCUCUUCUCAGUACCAAGAGAGAACAGAUUGCUACCCUCAGGACUGUCCUCAAGGCUAACAAACAGACUGCAGAGUUAGCCUUAUCCAAUUUGAAAACCAAGUAUGAGACCGAGAAGAGUAUGGUGUCAGAGACCAUGAUGAAGCUGCGAAACGAGCUCAAAGCCCUGAAGGAGGACGCUGCCACCUUCUCUUCCCUUCGAGUCAUGUUUGCUAGCCGGUGUGAUCAGUAUGUGACCCAGCUGGAUGAGAUGCAGAGGCAGCUGGCAGCUGCUGAGGAUGAGAAGAAGACACUGAAUUCUCUCCUGCGCAUGGCAAUCCAGCAGAAGCUGGCGCUUACUCAACGUUUGGAGGACCUGGAGGCCCCUAUGUCUCCGCACAGCUUAAACAGCAGCCCGCGUCGCUCCCGGGCCAAAGAGCUCGCUACCAAGUCAGGCCGUGCCCCUCGGAGCCCCAGAAGCAGUCCUGCUCGCCCUCCUCUGAGGAGCAGUCCACGGGCUAGCCCAGUUCUCGGCAGCAGCGUUCCUGCUACUCACCACCUGCGAGCUCUAACCAGAAGCCUCCACACAAGCCCUCGCUGAAACACUCCUUCCAUUACUCCAAAACCCUUCUUCUCCAUAAGGACCUGUCUUCAUGUUGACUCCUUGGCUCCCUCCUCCUUUCCUGACCUGAGACAUCCUGUCCAUCCCAGAUAUGAUGCUACAUUCCCCACUCUACUCACCAGAACCAUGGACUGAAAAAAGUAUUAGAAAAAAAAAAAAAAUCUCAUCCCACCCUCUUGGUCAUCUCUGCUUGGAGUGGAGAAACCUGCAUGCAGCCCGAAGAAGGAUGAAAAGACAAAUGUGCUGCUCAUUUCUCUGUGAAGUCAUUAACUGUGUCUUGUCCAAAGUGGUUCCAACUUCCAUCUGGUCUUGUUCAAGGCUAUGUGUUGUGCUGAACCAAUGGCAGUAUUUAUUUCAGAAUGAGAGACUAUUUGUGUACAAUAUUUACUGUCCUCAGACUUUGAUUCAAGGCUAUGAUCUGUUCUCUGAAGGCUGUAUGUCUUACAUUCUUGCCUUUGGCCCGGCUUUAUCGUCGGGCCUGUCUGGCGUCUUUAAGUGUUGGUAAGCCAUUAGAUGAUCUGUGGUAGCUCUCCCAGGUAGUUUUUAUAGAACACUGCAGCCUUACCAAUAGUGUUACCUUAAAAGUAGAGCUUACUGUUGUCUUGAGAUUCUCCAUUUACUGGUGAUGCAGUUACAUGCUCUUUCUAGUCUGCCAUUUCUGGUUCUUAGACUUCAGCUACGCCCUUUAAGGAGAGGUCAGUAAGCAUGCCAUUUCAUAUGGAAAAGAUCAGCCAUACGUUCACCGCCUCAGUUCACUCAGACACUGAGUGGUGUGAUACAUGAUUUGGGAAACCUGUAAUGUAUAUCUUACUUUGCAAACUAUGCAGACCAAGUCAGGACAGUGCCUGUAUACAACCUACUGUUUUAGGCUUUGGGUUUUGAAACCUAGCCUCAUUUUCUGUUACCAGUGGCUGGCUGCAGCUAUUUUACAACAGCUAUUUGACAUCUCUUAAUAUAAGAAGAUUUUGGAAGUCACUGUCUUAACAUCAUUAGAAAAACUCAAGCGGCUUGGUUUUCCCUAAACCUGCUAGUAAAAUGCUCUAUGUUCAUUACUGUGAUAACAGUUCCCAUUCAACUUCAGCUUUCUCUUUGCUCCUUUGAACAGCUAAGCAGCAUCUUCAUGUUUUGUAUUUCAUAACUCAAUGUUAUCAUGCUUUUUGUGCCACCAAGAUAAAUAAAUAGUAAUAACCUAACAUCACCCACAUCAAGCUAGUGGCUUCUCCUGUGGCUACAGCAUAUAUAGUUUUCAGUUUGAAAUGCUAAUAGCAGGUGUUGCUGCUCAUAGAAAGUUGAAAUAAAUACUGACAACCCAUCUUUUAAAAAGCAUUACAUUUUAGUUUGCAUCUAGUUGCACAUUAUGGCUUAUAUUCAAGGAUAAAUCUAGUUGGAACUUAAACAUGGCAUUGUUUUGCUAAAGGACUGCAAAGAGGAAAAGCAUGUAAAUAUACACGUGUCACUUGAUACCUCUAAAUGAACUGCUUAAAAAGCAACAUGAUGCAAGGACUUUGAUUUAAGGACAGCAUUGCACAGGUUGACAUUGGCACUUUUAUCUAACUGAAUAUAUUAAACAGACCCAACACAAUCGAUCGCGGUCCUUUUAAUCCUAUUUGGGAUUUAAGCCACUGGAAAAUGGAGAAAUUAAUAUCAACUAAAAGUUGACACUUGACUAAAAACCAACUGUCCUGUUACUAAUUUAAUAGAAGCUGCAACCUGCUGAUGUGUUUUUAUUUUUGGUCAGUUUUUUGUUUGUUUUUUUCGUGCCUUGGUUUUGGUCUUGUGUGUUGUUUUAGAAAGCAUCACAUUUUCUAAAUGGAGGCUGAAAUUCAACACAGUAGUUGUGAUUUUCUUUUAAUUUAUUUGUGUUUGAAUUCAUUUUGAGGAAAUUCACUGAGCAGUGUUAGCACUGAAAAAGGUGAUAUCUCAUUUUGGUAAAAUAUUUUCACUUUUUAGCUAAGAUGCCUUGUAUUUAUUAUUCAUGGUACCUCAUUAAUAAUUAAGUAAUAUGAUUAAUUAUGAAAUUAAAUUAACCAGAAUUGUUACAAUGACUGAAGUUUCUUUCUAAAUUUUCUGAAUAAAUUUCAACAUAAUAUAUCAAAGAUUGGUUAGUUUGACUACAAGGUUUUCAAGACUGUCAGAUUUAUUUAUUGAAAUUCACACUCGUGCUAAAAAGUGAAAAUGCUUUAACAUAAUGUCACAUUACACUGAAGGUUGUAAAUUGAUUUAAAUCACUCUGUGCAGAUGUGUGUAUAAUUUAAUUGCCACUCUUGUAUAAUAAUUUAACUGUAUUUAUGUGGUCUGCAUUCUGUGUAAAUUGUUGACAAGCACACACUCCACAUAACACAUUUGAGGUCUUCAACUUUUUGUGUAUGCAAAGUUGACUUUUCAUUGACCUGUGAUCCACUUUUGUCAUGAAGAAUAAAAACAA